AUUUGUGUCGAAAAAUCUAUGGCUCUAAACUUGCGGUAAGAUUUCAUAUGAGAAAUCACAUGAACAGUCCGAAAUUCAAGUGUGAAACGUGCGGCCGAGAAUUUAAUCGAAAAGAUUUACUCAAGCGACAUAGUACGAUUCAUUUGGAUUACUUUCCGCAUUUAUGCUCUCAUUGCGGCAAAAAAUUCAAACAGAAGAAAAAUUUGGUAAAUCAUGUACGCAUCCAUACGAAUGAACGACCGUAUCAUUGUAAUUACUGCCCUUAUACCUGUUCUGAUCAUAAUAUUUUGAAACACAUUCGACAGAAACAUCGUUUGACUGGCAGUGAUAUGAAACAACAUUAUACAAGGAAAGGGAAAUUGACAUAAACAUAUCCAAGUAUUUUUUGAUUAAGGUGUAUCCACACACUGCAAUGACUGCAUUUAAUUUAAGUUCAUUAUUUUCGUUAUAAUAUUCGAAUACACUCUGUUCUCUAUAAGAUUUGAAUUAAAAAUUAACGAACCGGAAUACGCAAUGCGCGAACAUACCCUAAAACGGUUUCUGACAUCUGUCAAAUAU